CCCAACGACUAUCUACCGUACUUCACUUGCAUUCGUAAAAGUCUUCAGUAUAUUGUCUCCGAAAAAAAUAAAAAUAAAAUAAAACGAGCCAAGAACAGACGUCAAAAUGGCGCCUCCCACCGCAACCGAAACUUCCUCCGUUACCCUCCAAGCUCGACAAUCCACCCAAGAAGCCAGUGCUGAGAAGGCCAAAGUGAAGAUGCACAUCCCGAAGCCACCUGUCUUCGAAGACAAGACGGAAGAGCGCGAAUACCUAAAAGGCCGACUUGCGGCAGCCUUUCGCAUCUUCGGAAAGUACGGAUACGACGAGGGGGUAGCUGGUCACAUCACACUCCGCGACCCCGUCGACCCAAACACCUUCUGGGUCAACCCCUUCGGCGUCGCCUUCUCGCAGAUCAAAGCCUCCGACCUAAUCCUGGUCAACCACGCCGGGGAGGUUAUCGAUGGCGGCCCAUGCCGAUUGCUCAACGCCGCGGCCUUUAUGAUCCACUCCGCCAUCCAUGCUGCACGCCCAGAGGUCAAUUGCGCAGCACAUAGCCACAGUCUGCACGGUCGUGCAUUCUGUACCCUUGGUCGGCCGUUGGAUAUCAUCACCCAGGAUGCGUGUGCUUUUUACAACGACCAUGUUGUCUACAAACAGUUCAACGGCAUCGUCCUCGCCGAGGAAGAAGGAAAGAACAUCGCCGCUGCACUGGGCGACAAGAAGGCCGCAUUGCUACAGAACCACGGCCUGUUGACGGUCGGUCGGACCAUCGAAGAGACUGUAUUUUGGUUCGUGAGCUUGGAGAAGUGCUGCUACGCGCAGUUACUGGCCGAUGCGGCCGCCGCAGGACGUGGAGGACAGACCAUCAAGGUCGACGAUGCGGAUGCUGCUUUUACAUACAAGUCGGUUGGUACGCCGUUGGCGGGAUACUUCAGCGCGAAGCCGCUGUUUGAUGUGGUUCAUGAAGAAACUAAGGGCGCGUAUUUGAACUAGCCUUGAUGCACACAUAAU